AUGAUUAGAGUCAGCUGGCCGCUGGGAAGAUUUGAUGGAACCACGGAGGAUGCGCCGAUCAAGGCGACAACUUCAUGCCUCCAUCGGAGCGCCGGGAGGGUCGGUAUUCGGAUGGCUACGGGCACGUUCUUGUCAACGGAGCAAAAGUCAAGGUAG